GUUUCCACUUUCCAAUCUGAAUUUGUUGCUAUCAUCACCCGUGAGGUAUUUAAUCCUUUCUCUUAAAAAAGUAAAGUCAUCUUCUUCCUCGCUCUGAUUGCUCCAACCAGAAGUAAUUGGAACUUGGAUUACAGUAGAAUCACAAAUACUCAAAUACUUUACACUACACGCUUACGCUAUACCCUUUUAAUAUUACUUCCUCGCAUUCCCUUCUCUUCCCCAACAACUCUCCUAGGGUUUCGUCCAAUCAUGAACUGUGAAGUUUGCCAGCUCAAGGAACUGGAACUGGAGCAUUUCGAGAUUCGCGAGGUUUUGCGAUGCAUAUUGCACACGAUCGUCUUUCAUCGCGCUUUGGGUCUCGUCCGCCCAAAAGACGUUGACUUGGAGCUUUUUGACAUCACUUAUGUGCAAUGUGGGGAGGCAGAGCUUGAAAAGAAAAUAGAUGAGAAGAUUGAGCAGUUCGUUUGUUGGGUGGAGAAGCAUCCAAAUAAAAAGAGUCAGAUAUGUUUAUCUUUCUAUGAGGUGAAGAACAAACAGGCAUCUUGGUUCAGUAACAAGAUUGAACGCUUGUAUUGGGAGCAGUGGUAUAUUAAUCUGAAUGUAGCUCAGCAUCCAAAGGUGCAUUCCAGCAAGUAUCAUCAUUCCAAAGUUGUUGAUCCUGGAGAGGGACCAUUGGAUGAUAGAAAUGCUCGAAGUGCAGCGCUUGAGGCAUCGCUUCGUGAGGUUUUAUUUCAGAUAAUUAAAUUUGUUAAUGAGAAGAAGGAUCAUGUUCCACCAAUACCAAAUCUUGAUGGUGCUGUUUCAUUUCCCUAUGAAAUUACAAUACCAAGUUCAUCUGAUUCUGCAUUUGGGAUGGACAUGAUCAAGAGAAUGCUUCAGCAGACAGGGCAUCCAACAAUGCUAAGUUGAUUGUCAGAGUUUGUAAAGUGGUCCUAGGUUAAUGCAUUCUUGUUCAUAUGUUUAGGCUGGAAAUAUGAUGCUGAUUAAAGCUAAGUCAAGGUUCAAUCUCUGUAAAUAAAGUAGAAUCUAUAGGUGCAAAGUAACUUGUUUAUCUUUUCAAGUAUACUCCCUUAUUUAAUCUCUCGUUUCAUAUCUUGUAUUUCUUUUGUUCAUCUUCUCUCUAGAGUUUACGAUUGGCCUUUUCAAUUGUCACAUGAACAUCUUAGACCACAUACUACGCAAGGUUGUAUCAAUAUGAUUGGUUUGCCCGUUAUUGGAAGAUGAAUACUUUUGUGCA